CUCAGAACUCGACCUGCUCUGAUAGCGUCUGAGCCACCAUGGGAACCCGAGGUGACGUGUAUCCAUUGGGGCUCUGCAUCGCCCUGUGCCUGGGGGGCACCGUGGCCCAGAAUAACGGCGUAGAAAGUACCACUGAGGACUGUAACAACCAUGUGCUGUGCCCAGCAAACGCCAAGUGUGUGAACAACACCCACUGCACCUGCCUGGAUGGAUACCAGCCACAUGGGAAUCGCUUCUUCACCGACCCAACGGAGCCCUGUGACGAUAUUAACGAGUGUCAGGGCCCGAGCCCGGCAGACUGCGGACGCAACGCAAACUGCAUCAACAGGUAUGGGAGUUACUCCUGCAUCUGCAGCGAUGGCUACGAGUCCAGCUCUGGGAAAGCCAACUUCAUGCACGCGAGUGAGAACACCUGCCAGGAUAUUGACGAGUGUCAGGGCCCGAACCCGGCAGACUGCGGACCCCACGCAAACUGCUCCAAUGUGGCUGGGAGUUACUACUGCACCUGCAUCGAUGGCUACGAGCCCAGCUCUGGGAAAGCCAACUUCACCCACGCGAGUGAGAACACCUGCCAGGGUGAGCUCUCCCCUGAUCCCCACCUGCUGAGACCCCCCCUCGCACACAGAAAUGAUUGUUCCAGGUCUGGUGCUGCACCACAGGCUGCUGCUGGCUGCAGCAAAGGCACCGGAUCCACUCACUGGGGCUGUGAUCAGCCGUGACCCUGAACUGCUGCCCCAGCGUGUGGGGCCAGGAUCUCCCCUGCCUCGGUGAUUGGAUUGGGAAUAAACCCCUAGGUUUGCAGGGAGGUGCCGGGGAGACGGGUGGGGCCCUCGCUGUCCCCAGCACACAGAAUCCAGGCUGCUAGUGCCCCCGAGCCUGGGAAGGGGCCUCGUGGAUGGUCCACAUACAGCACAGUGCGCUCUGCCCCCUAUGGGCCUUGGGGAGCAGGGAAUAGCCCCAGCGGAGGCCACACCCCCAAUCUGCCCCCUCCCUCAGGGCUGGGAGCAGAGCCUUUUCCAGCCCCACACUGACAGAGCCCCCUGGAUGGGAGGGUGUUUCCCGAGGGGGCCAUUAUGCCCCCUUAAGCAGCCAGGGCGGCCUGACCGGAGAAGGGGCCGGGGCGUUCCAGGCCCUUGUUUGCGAUGUUCAGCCGGUAGUUAGAGCUUGUAUCAAGUCCUAGCCGGCUGUUCCCAUGGAAACCGCCCUUUACACCCCCGUUUGGGGGGCGCAGAGCACCGGGUCCGUCG